UGGUCAGGUGUGGUCUGGUCUGGUCAGGUCUGGUCUGGUCAGGUCUGGUGUGGUGUGGUCUGGUCAGGUGUGUUAUGGUCUGGUCAGGUGUGGUUUAGUCUGGUCUGGUCUGGUCAGGUCUGGUCUGGUCAGGUCUGGUGUGGUGUGGUGUGGUGUGGUGUGGUCUGGUCUGGUCUGGUGUGGUGUGGUCAGGUCUGGUGUGGUCUGGUGUGGUUUAGUCUGGUCUGGUCUGGUGUGGUGUGGUGUGGUGUGGUCUGGUCUGGUCUGGUGUGGUUUGGUGUGGUCUGGUCUGGUCUGGUCUGGUGUGGUGUGGUGUGGUGUGGUCUGGUCUGGUCUGGUCAGGUGUGGUGUGGUCUGGUCAGGUUUGGUUUAGUCUGGUCAGGUGAUGGUGUGGUCUGGUCAGGUGUGGUGUGGUCUGGUCAGGUGUGGUCUGGUCUGGUCUGGUCAGGUCUGGUCUGGUCAGGUCUGGUGUGGUGUGGUGUGGUGUGGUGUGGUCUGGUCUGGUGUGGUCUGGUCUGGUCAGGUGUGGUGUGGUCUGGUCAGGUGUGGUUUAGUCUGGUCCGGUCUGGUUAGGUCUGGUCUGGUCAGGUCUGGUGUGGUGUGGUCUAGUGUGGUUUAGUCUGGUUUGGUCUGGUCUGGUCAGGUCUGGUCUGGUCAGGUCUGGUCUGGUCUGGUCUGGUGUGGUCUAGUGUGGUUUAGUCUGGUUUGGUCUGGUCUGGUCAGGUGUGGUGUGGUCUGGUCUGGUCAGGUGUGGUUUAGUCUGGUCUGGUGUGGUCAGGUCUUGUGUGGUGUGGUCUAGUGUGGUUUAGUCUGGUUUGGUCUGGUCUGGUCAGGUCUGGUGUGGUCUGGUCUGGUCAGGUGUGGUGUGGUCUGGUCUGGCGUGGUGUGGUCUGGUCAUGUGUGGUCUGGUCUGGUCAGGUUUGGUCUGGUCUGGUCUGGUCUGGUGUGGUGUGGUCUGGUCUGGUCUGGUCAGGUGUGGUGUGGUCUGGUCAGGUGUGGUUUAGCCUGGUCUGGUCUGGUCAGGUCUGGUCUGGUCAGGUCUGGUGUGGUGUGGUGUGGUUUAGUCUGGUCUGGUCAGGUCUGGUGUGGUCAGGUCUGGUGUGGUGUGGUCUAGUGUGGUUUAUUCUGGUUUGGUCUGGUCUGGUCAGGUCUGGUGUGGUGUGGUCUGGUCAGGUGUGGUUUAGUCUGGUGUGGUCUGGUCAGGUCUGGUCUGGUCAGGUCUGGUGUGGUGUGGUCUGGUCAGGUGUGGUUUAG